GUGGGAGAGCAGAGAAAGCACUCAAUCUGUGCCACUCACUCUAGUGAGCUUGCCUCUUCACUCCAGGACAGCUGAAGGAAACAAUCGCCAAAAUGAAGACUGCUUUAAUUUUGCUCAGCAUUCUGGGAAUGGCCUGUGCUUUCUCGAUGAAAAAUUUACAUCGAAGAGUCAAACUACAGGAUUCUGAAGAAAAUGGGGUCUUUAAGCUCAGGCCACAGUAUUAUCUUUACAAGCAUGCCUACUUUUAUCCUCCUCUAAAACGGUUUCCAGUUCCGAGCAGUGACUCAUCUGAAGAAAAUGGAGAAGGUGAUAGUUCAGACGAGGAGGAGGAAGGAGAGGAGACUUCUAACGAAGAAGAAAACAAUGAAGAUUCUAAUGGAAAUGAAGAUGAGGCUGAGAAUAGCACGCUGUCUUUCACAACACCUGACUAUGGAGAGAUCACACGUGGAACAGGAUAUAUAGGAUUAGCUGGAAUCAAACUUCCCAAGAAGGCUGGGGCCAUAGAAAACAAAGCAUCAGAAGAGGAGGAAAGUGAUGAAGAAGAGGAAGAAGAAGAGGAAAAUGAAAACGAAGAAAACGAAGCAGAGGUAGACGAAAAUGAGCAGAGCGUCAACGGCACCAGCAGCAACAGCACGGAGGCUGAGAACGGCAAUGGCGACAACGGGGAAGCAGGCGAAGGAGAGGGCGUCACAGCCACCGACGCAGCCGGAACCGCAACCCAGGGAGAGUGGAGCAGCAGGGCCGCCGAGACAACCACCGCUCCUAGUGGCGGGUUCGAACCUACAACGCCGCCACCGGAGGCCUAUGGCACCACCUCCCCGCCUCUUGGGAAAACCACUGCCGCUGAAUAUGGGGGAGAGUACGAACACACAGGUAACCACGGAUAUGACGAUGGUUACGAAAUCUAUGAAAAUGAGAACGGGGAACCUCGUGGGGACAACUACCGAGCCUAUGAGGAUGAGUACAGUUACUACAAAGGGCGUGGCUAUGAGGGCUAUGAGGGUCAGGAUUAUUACUACCAUCAGUGAAGGUCCAGCCAGGGGUGAAUUCCUCCACUCUGGCUCUGCAUUUGGCGACCAUUUCCAAAAUUCAACUCAGGAAGGUUCACUAUAGCAAAUGUGCAUAUUACAAUGUGGAACAGGUCUACCGUUCCGGAGUGAUUUUCUGUUAAUUGCUUCUACAAGUAAUGGGCUUCUUGUUGCUUUUCCCUAUAGUGUUAUUGAAGAGCCACUGUAAAUGAGGGCCACUGAUUAAAUGAUACACCAGUCCGUGAGAUCAAAUUUGAAUGCUCUGGGGUUGUAGUACUACAAAUAGUACUUUUAACCUGUUUGCAAUAGUGUCAACUUCAAAAGCACACUCUGUACCAGAAAUGCUUCCAAGAAGAGAUUCAUUGACAUUAAUGGUACUGUAUACAAUAUAUGUACAAUUCCUUAGUCAUACUAUCUAUGCAACAGUGUGUAUCAAGUUUAAUUAACAUUCUCAUGUAUUUUUAUGUCACCUGGAUGUAUAGGCUUUCUUGGGAUUUUAUCGCAAAUAAAAAUGCAAUCCUUGAAAUGUGUUAUGAUUAAGAAGAAAAGUGGGAAAUCAGAAUGGAAAAAGGUUAAAUAGAUAAAAUUUAGAACAAAAGAACUAAAGCUUAAUUUAGAACUAAAGAACAAAA